GUGCCCCGCCCCCUCCGCUCGACGCCCGGUAGUGGGAGGCGGGGCUAUGGAGAGGGCGUAUGACGGCGAAGAGCAAUCAGAUGAUGGUGGAGCCACUCCAGUGCAGGAUGAGCGUGAUUCAGGAUCAGACACGGAAGAAAAUGGAAAUGAACAGCACUCCGGAUCAGAGAAUGAAAGCAUAGGACAACAUUCAGAGAACGAACUCAGUGAUGAAGAGGAUGAUGGACAAACUAGAGGCCACCCAGUGACAGACUCUGAAAAUGAAGAUACCCCAAGGCAAAAACAUAGUGAUUCAGAAAACGAGGAUGUCCCAAAUCAUAAUGCCAGUGAUUCAGAAAAUGAAGUGGCUCAUGUAGGUAAAGACACUGAUUCUGAUAAUGAGGAUCACCCUGUUCGUCGUGCCAGUGACUCUGAGAACGAGGAUGCUAUAAAUCCUCAGGCCAGUGAUUCUGAGAACGAUGAGGCUCCUAAAGGCCAUGACAGUGAUUCUGAAAAUGAGGAACCUCAGAAGCUCAUAGCCAGUGAUUCUGAAAAUGAGGAACCUCAGAAGCUCAUAGCCAGUGACUCUGAAAAUGAGGGUUCACACAAAGAUCAUACCAGUGACUUAGAAAAUGAGGAGCCCCAGAAACACCCAACAAGUGACUCAGAGAUUGAAGAGCAUCCAAAAACUCACAACAGCGAUUCAGAGACUGAGGUGGCUCCAAAACCUCUUGCCAGUGACUCUGAAAACGAGGAGCCGAAGGCUCAGCCCAGUGACUCUGACAACGAAGAGGACCCUGGAAGCAAGCAGGGAACAGAGUUGGGCGACAAUGACAGAGAGAAUAAGAAAGAGGAGGAAACGGAGAAUGGUGCUCACCUUUCAGACAGUGAUCAAUUAGGAAAAAGAUCUCAUGGCUCUGAUAGUGAGGAAGAAGACAGCCCUAAAAAACGUAAGAUAGCGGACAGCGAUGAGGAAGAAGGGGGAGAAGAGGAAAAGUCAACAAAGAGGAAAACUGCUGUACUCUCUGAUAGUGAAGAUGAGGAAAAAACACCUGUGAAAAAGGGACGCCUGAUCUCUGACGGUGAAGAAUCAGAUAGUGAUGCUGCAUCGGAUAAAUAUGAAAAGCAGAAGAAACCUGUAGCUUCAGAUAGCGAGGACCAGGAAGAUGAUGACAAGGCCGAUGACACUGGGAAAAAGAAGGAAGAGAAAGAUCUCUUUGGGAGUGACAGCGAGUCAGGAAAUGAGCAAGAAAACCUCAUUGCAGAUAUAUUUGGAGAAUCUGGAGACGAAGAGGAGGAAGAGUUCACAGGGUUCAAUCAGGAGGAUUUGGAAGAAGAGAAAGGGGAACAGAAAGGAAUAGCAGAUGAUUCAGACUCCGAUGACAAUAUCAAACGAGGAAAACAUCUGGACUUCAUGUCGGAUUUCGAUAUGAUGCUACAACGGAAGAAGAGCAUAAGCGGCAAGCGCCGGCGCAACCGCGAUGGCGGGACCUUUAUUAGCGAUGCUGAUGAUGUUGUCAGUGCUAUGAUCGUUAAAAUGAAUGAAGCAGCAGAGGAGGACAGGCAGCUGAACAUACAGAAGAAACCAGCACUAAAAAAGUUAACUUUGCUUCCGACUGUAGUUAUGCAUCUGAAAAAGCAGGACCUGAAGGAAACUUUCAUUGACAGUGGUGUGAUGUCAGCUAUCAAAGAGUGGCUUUCCCCCUUGCCAGACCGGAGUCUUCCAGCACUGAAAAUACGAGACGAGCUUCUGAAGAUUCUGCAAGAGUUGCCUAGCGUGAGCCAAGAGACCUUAAAACACAGUGGGAUUGGGCGAGCAGUGAUGUAUCUCUACAAACACCCUAAGGAAUCACGGCCCAACAAGGACAUGGCAGGGAAGCUAAUUAAUGAGUGGUCUCGGCCUAUUUUCGGUCUAACCUCAAACUACAAAGGAAUGACAAGAGAAGAAAGAGAGCAGAGGGAUCUGGAACAGAUGCCACAGCGAAGGCGAUUGAGCAGCUCCGGUGGUCAAACACCCCGCAGGGACUUGGAGAAGGUGUUGACAGGAGAGGAAAAAGCUCUGAGGCCUGGUGAUCCAGGAUUUUGUGCUCGUGCAAGAGUUCCGAUGCCCUCCAACAAGGAUUAUGUGGUCAGACCAAAGUGGAAUGUGGAAAUGGAAACUUCCAGACCCGGAACUGUUAAGAAAGGUAUUAGUCGGUUGGAAAAACACAAGAGGCGGUUUGCGGAAAAGAAACGACUCGGCAAAAUGCAUCGGGCUGUCAAAUUCAGCAUUGAAGGCAACAGGAUGCCCUUGUAGUAGCCUUGAAAUUCUGCUUACCUCAGGUUUGAGAGGUAUCCUCAAAGGAAG